GGAAGCACAAGAAGAAGAAGAAGGCUCUGCAUGUGUUAGAGGAAAGUUGUUUUAGCGGACAGACAGGUUAAUGUUAUGUGAAAAUUACAAAACAAAWUUUAAUUCGGCGAUUUAAUUCUCGAAAUUUGUUAAAUAUUUUAUUGUUAAUUGCACUGGUGGGAAGUUAAUUCAGCUCACCGUUUUUGCUGGAUUUUUGCUAGUUAGCUUCUUGCUAACCGGCUAGCUGUGGGGCAGUUUUGUUCUGGUCACGUGAUCACUGGACUCGUCCACGGUGACUUGAUGUUUAACCACCUGUCCGCUGUUCUCGGUCUGUUACCCCGCUGUUUCCUCGCCCCAUCACCGAGGACCUUCGCCGGAGCCUGCCGCCUCCUCGGCAGCAUGGAGGGGGCCGUGGUGAGGUGCCUUCCCGGGGAGCCGAAGCUCACCAUCUCCUUCUGUCUGAACGGGAGCCACAGAAACAUGCUGCGGAACAAGGASGAGGCGCUGGGGAACGUCCUGGCCCGGAUCUCAUGCUUUUCGGCCAAAAACCACAAAAAGGCUAAGAAGCCUAAGAAAGACCGCGAUCAGCAGCCGAGUGAGGAUGCGGAGCCCSCCGUGGUGAAGCUGUUCUUCCGGGAGGACGAGGUGUCCGACACGCUGCCGAACUCGGAGGCUUGGCAGGACGGAGCGGUGCUGCAGGUGGGAGACGUUAAAUACAGUGUGCAGAGGAACCCCCCCACUUUCACCACGGCCGAACUGCCCGUGUCCCUGCUGGCCGGGUUUCCAAUCUGCCCCAAGCUGGAGAUAGAGUUUGGGAAGCUGGGAGACUGCGAGUUCAGGUGGUUCCGAGAAAACCCAAGAAGCAGCAGUCCAGAAGCAGCUGAAGAAUCUCCUGGACAGACGCAGGGAUGGACGGAGGUUGGACGUGAGCAAGUCUAUGUCCCGUCCAAUCAGGACAUCGGCUGCAGGUUCAAACUGCACUGCACGCCCCGAGACGGAGAUCGCAGCGGUCUGACCAAAGAGCUGAUUUCUGUCGGAGUGGUGGAGGCGGGGCCGGGUGUAUGCAUGUUCGACAACCGCCACGCGUACACGGUGAAAGUGGCGGCGUGGCCYUUGGUGAGGGUGGUGUCCUACAAUGUCCUCGCCAACAUCUACGCUCAAACUGAGCUGUCCAAGACUGUGCUGUACCCGUACUGUGCCCCCUACGCCCUGCAGCUGGACUACAGGCAGAUCCUGAUCAAGAAGGAGCUGGCUGGGUACAACGCUGACGUCGUCUGUCUGCAGGAAGUGGACAAAAGCGUCUUUCCYGACAGUCUGGUUCCGGCUCUGUAUGCUUUUGGACUGGACGGAGUUUUUAAGCUCAAAGAGAAGCAGAAUGAAGGAUUGGCUACGUUCUACCGCAGGUCAAGGUUUCGGCUGCUGAGCAGCCAUGAUAUCAUGCUGAGUGAGGCCUUGACCUCUGACCCCAUACACUUCGAGCUGCUGGAGAAGCUCUCUGCCUACAGCACCCUGAAGGACCGGUUUCUGAAGAUGUCCACAUCGCUGCAGGUCACUGUGCUGGAGGACAUCAUAAAACCAGACAGGAAGGUCUGCGUGGCCAACACUCACCUGUACUGGCACCCAAAAGGAGGGAACAUUCGCCUGGUCCAGAUGGGCGUGGCUCUGCGGCACCUGAAUCAUGUGAUCAGCAGUGUUGCACCUGGAGCCCCGCUGGUGUUUUGUGGGGAUUUUAACUCCUCCCCAAAUUCAGGUGUGUUCCAGCUGCUCAGUGAYGCCGCCAUCCCUCAGCAGCACGAAGACUGGAGCAGCUCGGGUCCAGAGGAGUCCUGCAGCAUGGACCUGAGCUCCUGCUUCCCCCCUCUGACGAGUGCCUGRGGACAGCCGGCUUACACCAACUUCGUGGGAGGUUUUCACGGCUGCCUGGACUACAUUUUUAUACAGCCGGAGAGCAUGCAGGUGGAGCAGGUGAUUCCUCUGCCCAGCCAUCAGGAGGUCACCACCUACGAGGCUCUGCCCAGCGUGGCUCACCCCUCAGACCACAUCGCUCUGGUCUGUGAUCUGCGAUGGAAUCCCUGACCCACCUCUGACCUCUUGUGAAAAAGACACGAUUAAAUUGUCAGGUCUUAAAACCUUCCUGUUGAUUUUUGUUUUUGCUUCAAUACAACAGAAAAACUGUUGUAAAACACAUUUUUAUAAAAAUACAGUCAUAAACUUUGUUUUAAAGACGUGACUCACUGAUAUUCAGUGUUGUGUUUGCUCAUUUUAAAUUAAAUUGAUGAUYGAUUGUA